AUGGCGGCUCCCACACAUACAUAUGGGCGAACAUGUCUGCUCUACGAGGAAGAAGGCAACACCGUUAUCAAGGGUGGCCCUGAUGAGAUCAUCCCACCACCACCAACUGUUCGAGCACAGUUCUUCUACCUAUCUUCUCUUCCAAUCGAUGACCCCUUGACGCCAAUAACAGCCCCGGCUACCGGAUCGAAUACACAGCUACCUCCGAGACCCUUCUCGAGCCGUGAUAGCAUAGCUCUGGAGGAAGCUUGGCAAGCUCUUCGAGUUGAUUUUGAAAGAGAGAACAAACGUGAUUCUAGGGGCCCUGGCUCUAGGGAAAGUACCUUGAAGCGCUGGGACAUACCGCGAGAUGGAGAAAGAAACCGGCGAGGAUCGGAUGGCAAGUUUAUAAAAAGUAGCAAAUCUCUCCCGGCUUCACGUUUGCGGGCCGAUGGGAGGGAAAAUAGGAGGAGUCCGCUUGGGGUUCGAGAGAUUUUUGUGGAUGGCAAUGUUGCUGCCGGGAAGGACUCGAUAUCCAACCUUCCAAAACCCAGAAAAGGCGACUCUCCUGACUUUGAAACAACAAAGCAACGACGAAGGACCCUCGGAUCCCAUGAAACUAGCGAAAAAUUACAGAUAUGCCAGAAUACACCAGUUCAACCCGCAUCGGGACCACCGACGAGAACUGGCACAUCAUAUCAAAAUAAUGAGGAUGGUAGAAUGAGAGCGAUGGCUGAUACCAAUGUUAGCGGAUCUCCGUUCAUUCGAGCACCUGUCAGAGAUCGAUCGGACUCUGGCGCUAGCUCCGCCUGGGGGAAUGAGGACAUACUCGAGCAAAUGAAACGUCCGCAAAAUGGAGAAUGCAAGUCAGCCCCGGCCCUCAAGGCAGCUCUGGAGUUAGACGGCGACGUCAAACCCAAACAUCAGGACACACCGUCUCCAAGUUCAGGUUCUCGUCCUUCAUCCUGUGGCUCAGAAGUUGACACGGGUGUGACAGUGACUGUAGGCGCAGCCCGUCUUCAUCUCGUAGAGCUACCAAAACUGCAGAUGAAACCUAUUUACUGGAGUCCCAUUAAUGAUAUCUCAAAUGUCAUUAGAGCAACUUGGUUUUACAAGAAUACCAUGCUUCCUGUGGAAACAGAUCUCGCCAACCAUCUGGAAGAUGGUUACAUGGAAUUGAAACCCUGGACACAAACGUGGCAAGAUGAGCUCGAUAGCUGUAUGGAAAGUGGCGCAGAAGCGGAAGAGAAAAUCAUAUACAAGCUAUGGCCUGAUGAGGUAUUAAAAAAAGCAGACAAAGCCGGACAUGAAUCGCCUGAAAUGAUGUCCGCUGCAAGCGCGCAUCUAUCGCGAAGUGCGACAUAUCCUGAUUUCGGUGUAAAUAGAGCUGCAGGUGGCGUGGAAUACCAGGUAGAUACCACGCGGCAAUUCAAGUCCUCCAGUGUCAUAUAUGUGAAUGCGAAGGAGGCACAAAUUCUACGACCAAGCCUUUUACCAUCUGUUGCAAGGGGACGACGACCUCUUGGUCCAGUACGAAAGGGCAGGCAGAUUGGUAUUCCUGUUAUACGUGGUUUCAGCCCCCAGCUUUGGGAUAAACUGCAUCCGUCAAAGUUCGUUUCUACAAAUGCAAGGAAUUUCAUGAAAAUGCGUGAAAUGGCAUCUGGGCCUGCCUCUGCUUCUCGCAGACAGAUCUGCUAUGCAUGUCAAAUGGAGGAUAAGAGACAAGAUGUAAGCGACCUUGUUUUGGUUAUACAUGGUAUUGGCCAGAAGCUAUCCGAGCGUGUGGAGAGCUUCCAUUUCACACAUGCGAUCAAUGCAUUCCGGAAGGAUGUGAAUGCAGAGCUGAGCAGCGACGCCGUAUGGCCUCAUAUGCGCCCUGGACAGGAGAACAUAAUGGUUCUUCCUGUAAACUGGCGUACGACUCUCUCCCUUGAAGGCACAGAGGGAAGUACUCCAGCGGCCGAGGAUCCUCAUGCAAAUAACUUUUCUUUGAAAGAUAUCACUCCCGAUACAAUUCCAGGAGUCCGAAAUCUUAUCAGUGACGUUAUGCUCGACAUUCCGUACUAUCUGUCUCACCAUAAGCAGAAAAUGGUACAUGCCGUCGUAAGGGAAGCUAAUCGAAUAUAUCGACUUUGGUGCCAGAAUAACCCUGGUUUCCAGUCUCGUGGAAGGGUACAUAUAAUUGCCCAUUCCCUGGGAACAGUUAUGGCGAUGGAUAUUCUCUCACACCAACCGACCGUUCUUCCGCCCAUCGACUUUUCAAAUACAGAGAUUACCGAGACAAUGUUCGAGUUCGAUACCAAGAACCUAUUUCUUUGCGGUAGCCCGGUAGGAUUUUUCCUCUUGCUUAACAAAUCGGUUCUCCUUCCUCGAAAGGGUCGAAAUAAGCCAGGAAUGGAUCAUGGUGAGGACGCCGGCCGCGGUAUUGCUGGCCAGGCUGGGAAGUAUGGGUGUCUAGCCGUUGACAACAUAUAUAACAUCCUAAACGAUACAGAUCCCAUCGCUUACCGUCUGAAUGCGGCAGUGGAUGCUGACCUCGCAAAUUCACUCAAACCAAAAAUCAUACCCAGUUCGUCGACCUCGCUGUUACAAAGCAUUACUAGCGUUUUUCGCUGGGGUUCAACGUACACUACCGGUGCCACAGUCGGCAGCACAGCUCGAGGUGCCACAGCUACUAUGUCCAAGCUCCCUUCAAAUAUCGAGUUGGAAACUCAUGACUUUACUCGGGAAGAAAUCGCCGAAACACGCAUGGCUCUUUUAAACGAUAAUGGACAGAUAGAUUUCUAUCUCAACGUUGGUGGUGGCCCACUAAAUAUUCAAUAUCUCAACAUGUUAAGUGCACAUAGCAGUUACUGGAUACUGCAAGAUUUUGUACGAUUUAUUGUCGUGGAGAUUGGGAGAGUUCCUGGUAGAGAUGGAGCGUUAUUAGCUCUUAGAGCAGAGAAGAAAAAAGGGUGGAAAGUAGGCAAGGCAUAA